ACCUUAAACCACAAAUAUUCUCUCUUCUCUUCUUCUUCUUCCCCAAAUUUGAAAUCUCUUCGCAUCUUCAUACUCGUUUCUCUCUAUUCUUCUUUUUUCCUUGCGAAUUUUUUGUUAAUGGAGGAUUGUUGUGAUUCACUUCUCGCAACUGAUGUAUCUUUGCGACGUGAAAGCUUCUCUCGCUCAGCUGAAAAGGAUACAUUAUCGAGCUCAAGGACUAUGACAAUGGCAGAUCUGGAUUCAAAUUGCGAAUUGAGUAACGAUGUUGAUAUGGAACAAUCAAGCCCAGAUUUGAUGAAAACGGAACAAUCUAGUGAUCCCGUAGCGUUAGAUGGAAAAGUUGUGUUAGGGUUUUCAUUAGCAUCUCCAGAUCUAGUAAAUUGUGGCGCUUCACCUGAUUUACCUAGAGGUAGCUAUGAAGAUUCUCCAGAAUUUUCUAAGAAAAGAAGAUUUUCUACUGAGCUUUCUCUAGAGAAUGGGAUUGAUGGUUCUACUACUACAAGAGAUGGCCGUAAAAGCCAAGUUGUGAAGUUUUCAGCAAUCUGUCAAACAUUUGGCUAUGAGUUGUCUCCUGAGUCUUCUUUUGAGUUACCUUCUCCACCUGGAAACUUUCGGGAGAGUACGACUCCUGUUAUCAGUAUUAACUCGGGUUCUAUAAGCACGGAUGUGACUGUGGAUGAUGUAACUUUCUUGAAGGAUGAGUUUUUCAGUGGAGGUGAAAGUAUUACAACUGAUGCUGUUGUUGGCAAUGAAGAUGAGCUUUUGUUGUAUCAGACAGCUCGACUUGGUAAUUUCGCUUACAAGUUUCAGUCGUUGGAUCCUGGGGACUACUUCAUCGACUUGCAUUUUGCUGAAAUCGAGUUCACUGAGGGUCCACCGGGAGUUAGAGUUUUUGAUAUAUUCAUUCAAGGAGCAAAGGUCAUAUCCGGCCUAGAUUUAUUUUCGCAAGUAGGAGCAAAUACACCUCUUGUGAUAGAGGAUCUAAGGAUGCUCGUAGGUCGGGAAGGAGAGUUAUCUAUACGAUUAGAAGGAGUGACAGGGACAGCAAUUCUAUGUGGCAUUUCUAUUAGGAAAGAGGCAACGGCUACUUAUGUUGAAGAAACUGGAAUGCUAGCGGUUAAAGGUUCAACUGACACUUUUCUGUCCCAGCAAACUCAAGAAAAUGUUGACUGCAGGACAGAAGAAGAAGCCGAAGGGACGAGAAGUGACUGUGAGCAGCAGAGGAAAGAGAUGGAGAAUAUGAAGAGAAUGGUUGAGGAACUUAAACAGGAGAACCAACGAAAGACUAGAGAAUGCGAAGAAGCAUUGAAUUCUCUCCGUGAGAUUCAAAAUGAACUAAUGCGCAAGUCGAUGCAUGUUGGUUCUUUGGCGUUUGCUGUCGAGGGACAAGUCAAAGAGAAGAGCAGAUGGUUCUCUUCAUUAAGAGAUUUGACAAGAAAAUUGAAGAUCAUGAAAAUGGAGCAAAUUAAGCUGUUGGAGGAGGCAACAACAUACAAACACCUAGUCCAAGAUAUCAACGAGUUCAGUUCUCACAUCCAGUCUAGAGUGAAGCAGGACGCAGAAUUGCAUGAAAAUCUCAAAGUCAAAUUUGUAGCGGGAGAAAAAGAGAGGAAAGAACUAUAUAACAAGAUACUAGAACUAAAGGGUAACAUCAGGGUCUUUUGCAGGUGUCGACCUCUAAACUUUGAAGAAAUUGAAUCAGGAGUAUCAAUGGGAAUUGAUGUUGAGUCAACCAAAAAUGGGGAGGUCAUAGUCAUGUCAAAUGCUGAUGUUUUUGAAGAUACUGCUCCCUUUGCUACGUCAGUCAUUGAUGGAUACAAUGUUUGCAUCUUCGCCUAUGGCCAGACUGGUACUGGGAAAACUUUUACCAUGGAGGGAACUCAACAUGACCGUGGUGUAAACUAUAGAACACUGGAAAAUCUGUUUCGGAUAAUUAAAGAACGAGAACACCGCUACAAUUAUGAGAUCUCAGUCAGUGUCUUGGAAGUUUACAAUGAGCAGAUAAGAGAUUUGUUGGUUCCAGCUUCACAAAGUGCAUCUGCACCCAAAAGAUUUGAGAUAAGGCAAGUGAGUGAAGGAAACCACCACGUACCAGGAUUGGUUGAAGCACCUGUGAAAAGCAUAGAAGAGGUUUGGGAUGUGUUGAAAACAGGAAGUAAUGCAAGGGCUGUUGGGAAAACGACGGCUAAUGAGCACAGCAGCAGAUCUCACUGCAUUCACUGCGUGAUGGUCAAAGGUGAGAAUUUGUUGAAUGGAGAAUGCACAAAGAGCAAACUAUGGUUAGUUGACUUAGCUGGAAGCGAACGGGUUGCAAAGACAGAAGUACAAGGAGAACGGCUUAAGGAGACUCAAAACAUCAACAAAUCAUUAUCUGCUCUUGGUGAUGUCAUAUUCGCUCUUGCCAACAAAAGCUCUCACAUUCCUUUCAGAAAUUCAAAACUCACGCACUUGCUUCAGGAUUCUCUAGGAGGAGAUUCAAAGACCCUCAUGUUUGUACAAAUCAGUCCUAACGAUAAUGAUCAAAGUGAGACACUAUGCUCACUGAAUUUUGCUAGCAGAGUGAGAGGGAUAGAGUUGGGGCCUGCAAAGAAGCAGCUAGACAAUACUGAACUCUUGAAGUACAAGCAAAUGGUUGAGAAAUGGAAGCAAGAUAUGAAAGGAAAAGACGAACAAAUUAGAAAAAUGGAGGAAACGAUGUACGGUUUAGAAGCAAAGAUUAAGGAACGAGACACUAAGAACAAAACUCUUCAAGACAAGGUUAAAGAACUUGAAGCGCAACUACUGGUAGAGAGGAAGCUGGCUCGUCAACAUGUAGACACCAAGAUUGCUGAACAGCAGACAAAACAGCAGAUCGAAGAUGAAAACAACCCGUCAAAGAGGCUGCCACUGACAAGCAUACUGUUGGGAUCAGGUUCGAAAGAAAUGGUAAAUCUAACACGCCCACCACUCUUGGAGAGCACCCCCAGCAAUAAUCUAGCUCCUUUACCUAGUGGUGGCCUCAAGUAUAAUGACCUCUCUGAGAAGGAGAACAAUCCAGAUAUGGCUGAUCAAGUGCAAAUACCUAAUAGAACAGGAAGAUUCUCUAUCUGUGCAAAACGUAUUCCAUCAGCUCCAGCUCCAAGAAGGAGUUCUCUUGCCCCAACCACAUCAACUUCGAGAGAAAUGGUGAAUCUAACCCGACCACCACUCGCAGAGAGCACCACCAGCUACGAUCUACCUCCUUUACCCAAUGGUGGUCUCAAGUACAAUGACCUCAUUGAGAAGGUGAACAAUCCAGAAAUGGCUGAGCAAGUGCAAAUACCUAAGAGAACAGGAAGAUCCUCUAUCUGUGCAAAACGUAUUCCACCAGCUCCAAGAAGGAAGACUCUAGCCCCAAUGCCAUUCAUUCCAAUCACAUCAACAUUAGCUUCUUCAUUAACUUCGCCUGAUGAAAAGAGUGGCGCUAACCAAGUGCUCUGCACCAGCCCCAAGCUACACAGAAGUAAUGGGAAGACGUUGACCAGCAUACUGAGACGAAGCAUACAAAAGAGAAUGCAAAUGAAAUCUUCCCCGAGGCAGCAACCGAUGAGAAGAGGUGGCGGCAUUAAUGUUGGGAUGGAGAGAGUUAGACUGUCUAUAGGAAACAGAGGAAAGUUAGCUCAUAGAGUUCUGCUAACCAAUGCUCGUAAGGCAGGUCUGAAGGAGACACCGCAGAAACAAGAGCGAUGGAUCUGAACCUAUUAAAACUGAUGUUUUCUCUGACUUAACUUCUCAAUAUUCAUUAUGAUUUCUUGGAGGAUGAUUGAUAUUUUAUCAUCCUCCGGUUUCGAGUGCGUUUGUGGAUUUGGUUUGACUCUAUUGUAUAGAUGGUUUUGGCUUUUGUGCUCAUAGAGUUCCAAGAACCUAUUUAUUAAACCCCAUUUACCCAU